AGGUGGCUAACAAGAUGGUUGAUUCUAAGCAGAGGAGACUACACAGAAAUCUGGAAGACCCAGGGGAAGGCCAAGGCUCAGGUGCCCACAUGAUCAGCACAGCCAGGGUACCUGCAGAUAAGCCAGUACGCAUCGCCUUCAGCCUCGAUAAUGCCUCAGAUGAUACACCUCCUGAAGACUCCAUUCCUCUGGUCUUUCCAGAAUUAGACCAGCAGCUACAGCCUCUGCCGCCUUGUCAUGACUCCGUGGAAUCCAUGCAGGUGUUCAAACAGCACUGUCAAAUAGCAGAAGAAUACAAUGAGGUCAAAAAGGAAAUCGCUCUGCUUGAGGAAAGGAAAAAGGAGCUCAUUGCCAAGCUGGAUCAGGCAGAAAAGGAGAAGGUGGACGCCGCUCAGCUGGCCCGGGAAUUCGAGGUACUGAUGGAGGAGAACCGGACAUUGAAGUUGGCUCAGUCCCAAUGUGUAGAACAGCUGGAAAAACUUAGAAUACAGUAUCAGAAGAGACAGGGCUCAUCCUAACUUGAAACUAUUCAAUGUGAGCAUAAAAGUUGGUGACUGUUGUGUGCUGGCCAAAAGAUUUUCAUUUUAAAGGGAUAGUGUGUAAAACCUACUGUUUCUUUCUAUUACCCACGUGGCAAACAUCUGUAAUGAAUUUAAUGCUUGCCAGAUCAAGUUUGUGAGAAGGGAGAUUAUAUUUUAAAUAAGAUGAUUAAAGCAAGCCUAUUGGCAGUAUAUGUUUUCCGAGAUCAUAACUCACUUCCAAAGAUACAUUUUUUUCUUAUUUAUGAAGAUGUAAUCAGAGUGUACAUCAGGGUAGAAAAAGACGAAAAUAGAAUAUUAACUGACUCCGCUAACAAUUGUGAACAGAAUUAAGCCAGGAAAACAAACUAGAAAGAUGCUCACUGUAGUUUCAUACCUGUGUAUUUUUAAAUUUCAUGUCUCGAAUAUUUCAACUAUGCUCAAACCUGAAGUCAGAAACUUCUGCACACAUUUUUAUGUUCACCAGAGUUAGGUUUAAUCCCUCAAUGAUUGAUUGUACUGAGAAUAAAUGGUUGCAUAUCAUAAAAGAUUUCUCAUGAAAAUAUUAGCAGAAAGCAUGUUUGUGCCAAAAGCACACUGCCAGUGCUAACUUGCUGUUGUAAUAAAAAGCUGAUAAGGCUGCAUUUUUUUUUUCACGCCAUGUUACCUGACGGUAAACAUCUCUGCCUUUGCUUGUGUGUGUUCUGGGGGCAUGCGGGAAAUGGAAAAGUAUUGUUUGGACGUUGCUUUGGUGAGUUCCCAUGAAAACAUGAGUAAAACUAUGACUAUGACUUUGUUUUGGAUUUAAGGAGAGGUUUUGGAUCAGUGAUAACUAAUAAGAAUAUAUGAGUAAUUUCAAGAAUAAAAUGAUUCGUCUCUUGUUCCACCUAUCACCAUAGUUCCCCAAAUGGAUCUCUUUGUUUUAUGUCCAUUUCUGUUCAUGUAACUUCUUUUUCAUUAAACAUGGAUCAAACUGUCA